AUGGCUUGGAGGUUCAUUGGAACAUAUGGAACAUCUGUUGAUAGGGUGGGUGACUAUUUAAGAAUCGGUGAAACCACGACACUAAAAUGUGUUGAUAAGUUUACAAGGGGUGUGAUUAGUUUAUUUGGGCCACAGUAUUUGCGAAAGCAAAUAAUUGAAGACAUUGAAUGCUUGCUACAGAUGGGGGAGACACGCGGUUUUCCAGGUAUGUUAGGGAGUAUUGAUUGUAUGCAUUGGGUAUGGAAAAAUUGCCUAGUUGCAUUGAAAGGGCAGUAUGUUCGAGGUGAUCAUGGUAAACCCACGGUUAUGCUUGAAGCAGUUGCUUCACAAGACUUAUGGAUUUGGCAUGCUUUCUUUGGGGUAGCAGGUUCAAACAAUGAUAUCAAUGUGCUGAACCAAUCGAAUGUCUUCAACAAUGUUAUGCAAGGGAGAACUCCUGAGGUCCAUUAUUCAAUAAAUCGACACGAAUACGACAUGGGUUAUUAUCUAUCAAAUGACAUUUAUCCUGAAUGGAUUACAUUUGUGAAAAGCAUCCCAAUGCCACAAGGGGAUAAGAGAAAAUUGUUUGCUAAACAUGAAGAAGGUGCAAGAAAGGAUAUCGAACGAGCAUUCGGAGUUCUAAAAUCUUGUUUUGCGAUCAUACGUAACCCAACUCGACCUUGA